CUGUGAGGGCAUGAAGGAACCAGGUGGUGAUGAAGAAAAGGUCACAGUGACAACAGAUGCUAUGCUCCAUCGCUUUGACAGGGACAGGGCAGCCCAGGCUGCCGCAGCCGAGAUCGUACCAAAAGCACGAGCUAAACGACAUGCUGCAACGCUUGCUGCCAUGCGAAGGCUAUACGAGGAGCGGAAUAGUAACGGCAUGAAGAACCUUCUUUUCUCCACCAUUUUCAAUGGUUAUACACAUUUACCUUCCGACCAUGAUCUUCACGACCUGGCUCGGUAUCAAUUCCCUCCCAGGGCAUUACUCGAGGCUCAGGUUUGCGAUUUCUAUCCCGACCACGCGGAAGUUAAAGGGGUCCCUCUUGGAGAUAUUGAAUCCCAGUGGCAAGACAAGCCUCACGGCGUUCAAGUUCGGUGGAUACAUGUCCCAGUUGGUAGAGGAAUUUAUCACUCUUCUAUUGAGGACUUGUUUCGACACGCGAGCAAUGAGCACCCUCGCCCAUUUAACAACGCUGGCCAUGUUGGCUUUGCGUAUGUUGAGCUCGACAAUUUAAAUUUUCGGCAUCGUGAAGAGGUCGAAGAUCUGCGAGACACUUACUGCUUGCUCUCAAGGCUAGAGCAUUUGUCUACUUCUGCGCCUGAUUAUAAAGGAGAUGGUUUAUCUCCCCAGACCACCGAAACAUCGGUUGGACCUGAGCCACUGGACUGGGAGUGUCACCGAGGUGAUAGAAAUGCGAAGCUGCGAGCUGAUCUAGAGUGGCGAGCAGAUCAUCUCAACACGGAGCUCACUUUCUGGGAGUUAGUUGCGUCCGAUAUACCUUGGCAAAUCUCUGAUGGUCUCCCGAUCUGCGCAAGCGGGCCCUUGGGACGAAUCAAGCCAGUCAUCAACAGCUAUGAUUUUCGAGUUCUCUCCAGUCACCCAGCGUUUCUUGAUGCCCAACUCGUUCGAAAUGAGUUUCGGUUUUUCCAUAGGAAUGAUGGUUUUCUCUUGACCCUGUCUGCUGCGAAAGGCAUUAAUUAUCUCGAUGCUCGACUUCAAGAGUAUCUCCGACAAUCUCCUGACGACAUCUUGCGAAACCCAGGGGCUUCGGCCGUGGGUCAAACCCUAAAGGAGUUUGCAUCAACAGGAACGAGCACUUGGGAAAAACCCACUGCUGAAUGGCUUGUCGUCCACCUCGCAACCGAAAUCGGCGCAUGCCCACACAAUGACACUCUGGGCCAUAAUCAGAUUUCUAUAGUGGAAGCAUACCAGGAUAUUCUUCGUGAUCUUAAACUACGUACCUAUGAACCGUGGAGGCGCGACGAGACCGUUCGGUUGACAAGGACUUUUCUGCAGUGCAUGGAGGAAAUCAGGUUCAUCAGCAAGAUGCUAGAGUCGAGGCAGAGCCUGUUCACGCGGUUGAAGGAAGAUGUUCGAACACAUGAUGAAGAGGAUCGCAACAAUGACAUACCACACAACCCUGGCGGCGAGUCUUGCAUGCAUAGGGUGGACUGGGCUUUGGGCAAAAUCCGACAACAGCGUGAUGAUAUUGAGAAUAUUGCCCACGAAAUUAAAAAUUCCAUGGAUGAUCUCCUCCAUCUCCGCACCAUCGAACAAAAUGAACUCACCAUCGUUCGUGACAGCCAGCAGCGUGCGAUCAUGCUCUUCACCGCAGUGACGGUAAUAUUCCUCCCGCUCUCCUUUUGCACCUCCUACUUCGGCAUGAACCUACAAGGUAUCUCAGACACUGCCCGUUCGGAACGGUACUUCUGGUACGUCUGCGGCACGGCCGGAUUUUCCAUAGUAAGCGUGAUUUCCAUUUACGCCUUUUGGCACCCGGCUAAGGAUCAUCUGAUGACCCUGCGGGAGCACCGGAAGUCGAAGCGCUUGGCAAGGGAAGAGAGGAAGCGGAGACUAAAAAGGAGGAUCUCGAGUGAAAAUGUGUAG